AUGGCUUGGCGUGCACCAUUUGCAAAUAUGGUUCGACCAUCUGUAACAGCUAAUCCAGUAUUGCAAGCUGAAGGAGGUGAAAACCUAGAUGGAUCCACACAUACGAAUCCAAUUCCAGCGUCUGCUUCAACCGCGACAAUCUUCGAUCCAAAUGAUCGAACUAAUCCUCUUUACCUGCAUCCAAAUGAGAGUCCAUCGCUGCAACUUGUGACUGUGCAGUUGGAAGGAAGAUCAAACUAUCAUGCCUGGGCGAGAGCCAUGGAAAUGGCAUUGAAAUCGAAGAACAAGUUAGUCCUCGUGAACGGAACGAUGAGAAUUCCAAGUGAGCUUGAUUCCAAGUACUUUUACUGGGAUCAAUGUAACACAAUGGUCCUAUCUUGGAUCCCCAGGGCUGUUUCACCCACUAUUGCGCAAGGUGUUCUAUGGAUCAAUACUGCUGAAGGUGUUUGGAAGGAUUUGAAGAAGCGAUUCAGUCAACGAGAUGUCUUCCGCAUUGUCGAAAUUCAAUCCGAAAUUCAUCAAACAAGGCAAGGUAAUUCUUCCAUAGAGUUAAUACCAGCCAAGGUCCCUCGAGUAUAG